AUGGACUUGAACGAAAAGCUCAAAGACACCCGGCUGUUCUUCCCCAUCGAUCCCGGCCCGACUGCCAGAAUUGGCGGCAUGGUAGGCACUAACUGUAGUGGAACUAAUGCAGUACGAUAUGGAACAAUGAGAGACUGGGUGGUCAAUCUGACCGUCGUAUUGGCGGAUGGAAGUAUCGUCAAGACUCGUCGGCGACCAAGGAAAUCCUCUGCCGGCUAUAAUCUGUCCAGCUUGAUUGUUGGUUCUGAGGGAACUCUUGGGAUUGUUACCGAGAUUACCCUGAAACUCGCACCAGUGCCUGAAGAGACGGGUGUUGGUGUUGUGACUUUCCCGACUAUGCGGGCAGCAGCUGAAGCAGCUAUUGAUAUUGUUCACAAAGCUGUACCAAUUGGAGCAGUCGAAAUUCUUGACGAUGUGCAAAUGAGUGUGAUCAAUCGGGCUGGAAACACUGACAGAACAUGGCAGGAGACACCAACACUCUUUUUCAAGUUUGCAGGAUCAAAGCAUUCAGUGAAAGACACCGUUAGCCAAGUUGGCAGCAUUGUAAAAGCAAGGGGUGGCAGUGAUUUUGAAUUUGCAAAAACUGAAGCGGAGCAGAAGAAAUUGUGGUCUGCAAGAAAAGAAUCGCUAUGGAGCAUGUUAAGCUUGAGGACUUCCGGGAGUGAGGUGUGGUCUACCGACGUGGCGGUCCCGCUCUCAAGGGUGGCAGACUUGGUCGAGGUGUGUAAGGAAGAAAUGGACAGCCUAGGGCUUUUUGGCAGCAUGCUGGGUCAUAUUGGCGAUGGCAAUUUCCAUGAAACCAUCUUAUACGAUGGCAAUACCGAAAGGCAGAAGGUCGAGAAAUGUGUACACGACAUGGUACGACGAGCGCUGGAGAUGGACGGUACUUGCACGGGCGAGCACGGGGUUGGUCUGGGAAAGAAGGAGUUUUUGUUAGAAGAGCUCGGAGCUGGAACAUUGGAAAUGAUGAAAGCGAUCAAGAGGGCAUUGGAUCCAUCUUGGUUGAUGAAUCCUGGCAAGAUUUUUGAUGCUUGA